UACGAACAAUCUCAGCACGCCUGGAGCACUCCCAAGCACCGCCCCUGACAACCUCUGCAGUACAGAGGUGACAUUUGUGUCACAAGACCUCACUCAUGCACCUGUGUCUCAGGUGUCAACACACACAGACGCUGAAGCAGCUACGUGAUUUGAUAUUUGCGCCAUAAAGCUCCCAUCAUCCUCAUGAGACCAGUGGCAUCAUGAGAUCAGGCUACAUUUUCCUGCUCCUCUAUCUCCUCUGGGGCUGCUUUGGGCUGUCAAGUCAAAAACGCCAUGCGACCUGCAACUCAACUGCAACCUGCUCUGUACAAGAUCCAGUUUCUGGCUUCCUCCAGUGUGUGGGCUUACCUGCAUCAGAUACUGGACAAGAUCACAUGCAAAACCUGAAAGAAAUGCUGGAAGCAGCAAUGGAUGUGUUCACCUUCAUGAGGUCCAGUGCAAGUGAAGUGCCACUUUUCCGACUGAAGACAGCUUUGGAAUUGAAUCCCAAAGCGGAACCUCUUCAGAACGAGGCCCUGGUAGAGAUGUGGCUGAAGAUCAAGAUUACACCAUUGUUGAAAUCCAUCAAUAGGCACUUCCUGGCCUGCCUCAGCACCAAAAACUUCAGCUGCUCCACCUACCAGAUUGUGGUGAAGGAGCUCAGCCACCAUUUCUCUGAGAUGAUUCCUGAGAGACAAAAAUGGAUCUACUCAUUCUUCAUGUACCCCUUCCUGUCGAGAGAAGGGGUAUCAGGUUGCGUGCACCCUAACGAAAGCAGUGAAGACUGGCUGAUGAAGAAUUUUGGUGCAUUCAGCGUUAUGGCCAGAAUGAACGACUUCUCAAAAAUUAACAUGAUCUUUAAGGGGUUGGAAGUUCUUCACCUGCUGUCCCCGGAGCAGAAGUUCGAGCUGCUGCGUAACCCCUAUGUGGGAGGCUUGAGCAACGACUCCCUCCAGCUUGUAUUUCACAGUUUGAUGACAGAGGGCCCACCAGACAACUAUAGCGGAAACCAAAACUGGACAGCGCCUGGAUACCAUCGUCCUCCUCAGCCCCCUCGGCCCAAUUACAGCCCGUAUUUGCCCUCAUCCCCUCACAGCAGCUUCAGAGAGGUGAUGAGAGGCAUCAUGAUGGCUGUCAAACCCAUCAGCAGCUUCGUUCAUGACUUUGUUUGGUUCACCAAACAGAGGAACGUGUCAGAAAUAAGAGGCAGCACAAUGACACAGUUCCUCCUUAACUGGACACUGGCGGAGAUGGCGAGCAUCUACAAGCCUAAGCAUUCUUUGCCACCGCUUGUUGAUGUGGAGACGCCAGAAUUUGACAUGACACACAUGGAGGACUGGUACGACCGUGUGGUGAUGCCCGUUCUGAAGAGGUUUUCCAAGGACGAACAAUCUCUGAGGAGUCACCAUCUUCGGCUCGCCUUCCAUUACAUGUACCAAAUGGAUCACCAUAUUGACAGUGAACCUCCUGAAAUCCAGGACAUUUGUAGCGUCACUCUUGAUGGGAAUCCUUGCGGGAUGACGAACGCGGUGGAAAAUGUGGCCCACAUUAUGCACUGUGCUGCUAAAACCGACCUGACCAUGUCUGAGAAGAACAUCAUGAGGCUGAUUUUGGAGCUGACAGAACGCCUCAACUUACUGAUCCAGGAGUUUGCCACAGCAAACUUCACAGAGGUGGCAUAUGACUUCAGAAAUAUAAUUGAAGAGGCUAACUCCAUCAGAGAAAACCUACAAGACCCAAAUUUCAUUACCAUGUGGUUCUAUGUCAAGUUGAGGCCUCUCCUGCCCAGUAUUCCCAGAGACGUGCUUUUAUGCCUCAGCAACAAGAACUUCUCAUGUCCGGCCUACCAAACUAUUGUUGCCCUCCUCAGCAAACACAUGAGUUACUGGGGUCCCAAUUCAGAGCACCACCAAAACAUCUACCACAACUUCAUCUACCGUUUCAUGCAGCGUCACAACAUAUCCGAUGUAUGUUUCUCAGCCAAUAACAGCACAGAAUGGCUUUUGAAGAACUUUGGUUCCUUCUUGCACGUUGCCCAAGUCAAAGACUUCUAUUACCUCAACCCAUACUUCUCAGGACUGGAUGUUUUGGCUCUACUGUCUCCCAGACAAAUGGCCCAGAUGAUUAUCCUACCUCUCCCGACUCCCCCUGAUAAGGAGGUGGUCAUCAAUGAGGUGUUUGACUUCCUGCAGGAGUCCCCCAGAGACAGAAGACUACUAGACGUCCUGCGGGCCAUGGUUCCCCUGGCUAUUCAGGAAAAUCCUCCCUGUGCUACCUACAAAGCCAUUUUUGAGCGUCUGCAAAGCAUCAUGGUGUCUGUACCACCUGACUUGGAGCCAUACAUCAGGGCGGAAGUGGACAGACUCAUCCGGAAUGCUCCACUGGAUUGUGUGCCAGAAAACAUCAGGUGCCAACUGAACGUCAUCAAUGAGACUGACACCUGCAAAGGAAUCAACAGUGAUGAGCUUCAGUCGUACUUGAGCACAUCUUUGGAGGUCCCCUGCAACUUUACCCUGGAGGAAUAUGCUUGUGCACAUCUGCCAAACUUCACAUCCAAUCAGCUGGCAUCCCUUUUGUCAUGUAAUCUGUCCGGUAACAGCACACAUUCCAUAGUGCUGUGGAAGAUCAUGCUCACUGAUCAUAACGCCAUCUUGGAUCCAGCUUUGGACAUUCUGGCCGAUAAGCCCAUAACUGAGAUUGUACCGUCAGCGGCAACCAUUUUGGAUGUGAUUGGAGAGAUCCGAUUGGCCUUAUUGGAUGAUGAACAAUUGAGGAACAGCAGCAUCAUCGCCCAGUGGUUCUCCGUUCGACUCAGACACUUCCUGCCCUCGGCAUCCACGGGUUUCCUGCGAUGUCUAAGCCACAGGAACAUGAGCUGUCAGUCAUACCAACAGAUCUUGCAGGUAUUCAAGCAGAACUUUAACAGGAGCACCGAGUGGCAGCAUAUGGUGAUCUUGGGGGAUUUCAUCACAAGUUUUCUGUCUCGUCCACACUCAGGCCCUGGCUGCCUGGCUGGAUACAAUAGCAGUACAGAGUGGCUAAUGGACAACGUGGGUCCAUUUUCUCAGUAUUUGUCUCUCCAGGAGAUCUUACAGCUCAACCCAGAGUUCAACCCUUUGGAGGCCCUGUCACUUUUGACUACAUUGCAACGUGUGCAGCUGCUCCUCUUGCAGCUUCCCGCUCUUCCAGAGCAAAAUGUCAUCAUCAAUACACUGUUUGAUCACCUGACUGCCUCACCUGAAGAGCAGAAGAAAAUCCCUGAAUUCCUUGCACUUCUUCACGAACACCUGGAAGCGGGUUUCAAUAGGAACCUUUCCUGUUCUGCAUACAAAACACUGUUUGCCAGAAUGGACUUGGCGCUGGUGAAAGUUCCACUCGAUGUGGCUUCAUUCAUCACCGACAGCAAAGUGAAGCUGUCUGAGCUCAUUCCCACUGGUUGCAUCAUAUACAGCGACGAGUGCAUAGUGACCUCAUCCAAUGAGACAGAGAUUUGUAUGGGAGUCAACAGCACAGCGCUCCAGCUCCACCUGGACAGCGACACAUUGGCGGGACGUUUCUGUGACUUUGCAGUGGAGGAAUUUGCAUGUGCAUCACUCUUGGCGCUAACAGCCCAGGAUCUGGCAAUGAUACUCAAGUGUAACCGCUCAGCCAACUCCAGCGGCUCCACACCAAUCUGGAAGCUCCUCCUCUCCAAGACAUCUCAUGUGCUCAAUGAGUCUUUGGAUCUUCUCACCAACAUGAUGUUUGAUCCAAGAAAUCCUGCAGCCUCCAUGAUUUUGGAUGCGAUUGGAGAAGUCCGUUUGAACUCCUUCCCGGAUGCCUACGUUAAUGACCCAGACUUCAUCAAUAUCUGGUUCAACCACAGGCUCCGCCCAUUUUUACCUGCAGUUUCCCCAGACUUCCUGUCAUGUCUCACAACCAAAGAUUUUACCUGCAACACCUACCAAGAAAUUGUGCAGACGCUGAGUCAUGUCAAGCCAAACAUGAGCAUCAUCGUACAAACAGCAGUACUGACACGCUUCAUUAAGCCCUUCUUAACUCGUAACGAUACAGCUGACCCUGGCUGCCUGUCCGGAUCCAAUAGCAGUACAGAGUGGCUAAUGGACAACGUGGGUCCAUUUUCUCAGUAUUUGUUGCUCCAGGAGAUCUUACAGCUCAACCCAGAGUUCAACCCUUUGGAGGCCCUGUCACUUUUGACUACAUUGCAACGUGUGCAGCUGCUGCUCUUGCAGCUUCCCACUCUUCCAGAGCAAAAUGUCAUCAUCAAUGCACUGUUUGAUCACCUGACUGCCUCACCUGAGGAGCAAAAGAAAAUCCCUGAAUUCCUUGCACUUCUUCACGAACACCUGGAAGCGGGUUUCAAUAGGAACUUUUCCUGUUCUGCAUACAAAACACUCUUUGCCAGAAUGGACUUGGCGGUGGUGGAAGUUCCACUCAAUGUGGCUUCAUUCAUCACCGACAACAAAGUCAAGCUGUCUGCGCUCAUCCCCACUGGUUGCAUCAUAUACAGCGGCGAGUGCAUUGUGACCUCAUCCAAUGAGACGGAGAUUUGUAUGGGAGUCAACAGCACAGCACUCCAGCUCUACCUGGACAGCGACACAUUAGAGGGACGUUUCUGUGACUUUGCAGUGGAGGAAUUUGCAUGUGCAUCACUCUUGGCGCUAACAGCCCAGGAUCUGGCAAUGAUACUCAAGUGUAACCGCUCAGCCAACUCCAGCGGCUCCACACCAAUCUGGAAGCUCCUCCUCUCCAAGACAUCUCAUGUGCUCAAUGAGUCUUUGGAUCUUCUCACCAACAUGAUGUUUGAUCCAAGAAAUCCUGCAGCCUCCAUGAUUUUGAAUGCGAUUGGAGAAGUCCGUUUGAACUCCUUCCCGGAUACCUACGUUAAUGACCCUGCCUUCAUCAAUAUCUGGUUCAACCACAGGCUCCGCCCAUUUUUACCUGCAGUUUCCACAGACUUCUUGUUAUGUCUCACAACUAAGAAUUUAACCUGCAACACUUACCAAGAAAUUAUACAGACGCUGAGUCAUGUCAAGCCAAACAUGAGCAUCAUUGUACAAACAGCAGUACUGACACGCUUCAUUAAGCCCUUCUUAACUCAUAACGAUACAGCUGACCCUGGCUGCCUGUCCGGAUCCAAUAGCAGUACAGAGUGGCUAAUGGACAAUGUGGGUCCAUUUUCUGAGUAUUUGUCUCUCCAGGAGAUCUUACAGCUCAACCCAGAGUUCAACCCUUUGGACGCCCUGUCACUUUUGACUACAUUGCAACGUGUGCAGCUGCUCCUCUUGCAGCUUCCCGCUCUUCCAGAGCAAGAUGUCAUCAUCAAUACACUGUUUGAUCACCUGACUGCCUCACCUGAGGAGCAACAGAAAAUCCCUGAAUUCCUUGCACUUCUUCACGAACACCUUGAAGCGGGUUUCAAUAGGAACCUUUCCUGUUCUGCAUACAAAACACUCUUUGCCAGAAUGGACUUGGCGCUGGUGAAAGUUCCACUCGAUGUGGCUUCAUUCAUCACCGACAACAAAGUCAAGCUGUCUGCGCUCAUUCCCACUGGUUGCAUCAUAUACAGCCGCGAGUGCAUAGUGACCUCAUCCAAUGAGACAGAGAUUUGUAUGGGAGUCAACAGCACAGCGCUCCAGCUCCACCUGGACAGCGACACAUUGGCGGGACGUUUCUGUGACUUUGCAGUGGAGGAAUUUGCAUGUGCAUCACUUGUGGCGCUAACAGCCCAGGAUCUGGCAAUGAUACUCAAGUGUAACCGCUCAGCCAACUCCAACGGCUCCACACCAAUCUGGAAGCUCCUCCUCUCCAAGACAUCUCAUGUGCUCAAUGAGUCUUUGGAUCUUCUCACCAACAUGAUGUUUGAUCCAAGAAAUCCUGCAGCCUCCAUAAUUUUGGAUGCGAUUGGAGAAGUCCGUUUGAACUCCUUCCCGGAUGCCUACGUUAAUGACCCAGACUUCAUCAAUAUCUGGUUCAACCACAGGCUCCGCCCAUUUUUACCUGCAGUUUCCCCAGACUUCCUGUCAUGUCUCACAACCAAAGAUUUUACCUGCAACACCUACCAAGAAAUUAUACAGACGCUGAGUCAUGUCAAGCCAAACAUGAGCAUCAUCGUACAAACAGCAGUACUGACACGCUUCAUUAAGCCCUUCUUAACUCGUAACGAUACAGCUGAUCCUAGUUGCAGCUCACAUAGCAACAACAGCGGUGAAUGGCUACAGCAGAACUUGGGAGCGUUCUCCCAUCUGGUGCUCUUCAGCGAACUGCAGAUGCUCCAUUCCGGCUUCUCGGCGAUGGAGGCCCUACCACAGCUAACCGUCCGACAGCUAGCUGACGUGGCCUCUACACCAGGUCAGCUGACCACUCCUGCUCAGGUUGCCAUGGUGAUGGAGUAUGUCCCAGACCCAUUCCUGCACAACUUCUUUGAUGAUUUCUCUCCUUCUAUCUUGGGUCAUGAAAGCGACUUCGAAGCCCCAGUGAGGUCAGCUAUAUUGCAGGUCGUGUUCGAUCGAGCAAACCUCUCCCAUUCGUCGGUCGACGAUUCUGUCGUCUUAGUGUGGCUCCGCAAUCGAUUGCAACCCUUACUGGUGGAGUUGUCUCAUCUGCACGUUUCACCGUUCUUUGAGAUACUGGCGGGAAGGAGCUGCAGCCUCGAGCAGGAAGGAGUCAAGGACCUAAACAUGCACAUAUCCAGUCUGAGUAACGUUACACAGAAAGAAAUACACAACCACAUCGUUCAGGCUCUCCAAGAACCAGUGCCUCUCCGUUGCUAUGUCAACGACCAAAGUUACUACGAAUUCCUGCAGAGUUGGUUCAUGGGUUUCCAGUUGCCCAAACUGACCACCUUCCUGUCCCUCAUGCCUGAGGACCGCAUGGAGCAGUUGGUAAACUCCAUGUCUCCAUUUGAUCUUGGCAACUACCUCCGUCAUACUGACAUUGUUGACGAUGAUACCAAACUUUGCUCCAUCUUCAGCACCUACCACUUGACACCCUCGUUCCUGGAAAUGGAGACUCUCCCGGAGGGGGUGCGAAAGCCGAUGCUGCCGUGCCUCUGGCCCAUGGCUCUCAGCAACACCUCAAGAUCAGAGGUCAAUGCCUGGUUUGACCAGCGUCUCCACAACUACUUGCCAUUCCUCACAAAGGAUCUUCUCACAAGCAACGAGACAUACAACGCCUCCUGCGUCGCCUUCCAGAAACUUGUCUCAGUUCUAGGUGAAUUCAACUACACUGAUGUGGAUUUUGUGAGACAAGACGUGUAUGACACUAUCACAACCUUCCUCAACUCAGCAACGGUGCCACGGUGUUACGACACAAGCAACCCCGAGCUGAACUCAACAGCCUGGUUUGCUGACUACAUUGGACCCUUCUUUGAAUUCAUCACUUUGGAUGAUUUGCUUUUCACAUUUGGAUCUGCUGAGUUCCUCCAGGUGUUCACCGUGGACCUCCGGAACAUAGCCAUCUUCAACCAAACCGUACUACCUGACAACGUCACCAGCUACUACACAGAGCUGCUAUAUACCCAGGACAACAACUUCAACCCUAUACUCCUUCCACUGCAGCUUCGCUGCUUUGUGCCAGGGAUGGCCUUUAACCAGCUGUCACCGGAGGAAAGUAUGAUAAUUCUGCACAACCUGACCACCCUGUGCACCGACCUGGACCCCCAGGUGGCUUCUGCUCUGGCGCAUAACUUUGGGAACACCAUUGAUGCCUCAGUUAUCGCAUUGCUUGGGAGUGAAAGCACUGGCAUUUCCCAGGGUCAGAUCCAAACCAUCAAACCCGAAGACCUACUUCUUUCCCUGGACAUCCUAGGCAAUGUGUCCGGCUGGAAUGAAGGUCAGGCCAGGGCCAUUAUCCUGUCUCUCACAUCUUCAGGGCUUUUGCAGAUCAGUAACAUAUCAUCGCUGUUUAUGCUGGGUUCCCUGAUCAUCGGGGUACCCACAAACACCUUUAUCAAUAUCAACGGCUCCCAGCUGAUCACCGCAUCCCAGAACCCUGUGUUCCUGUCGCACCUUAUGACUGCACCACCAAUUAUCCAACAGAUCUUUGCGUUGCAGAUCAUCUCAGUCGACAGCGAUAGUGACGUUAUCAUAGAGAACGUUCCUGACAGUUUGGCAACUGAGAUCCCUCCCUCUCUGCUGCUGGGCUUGAGCUCAAAUAAGAACAUUAUCACCAAGCUCAACAGCAAGAAAUGGAAACACACGCAGGUUGAACUGUUUUUCGAUGUUGUAGCCAAAGAAUCAGCAACAACACUGAUAGGAACUCCGAAUAAUUUGUCGUCAUCUCUGCUGCAAGGCUUCACAUGCACCAGCGUGAGAGAUUUUUCAGAGUUGCAAAUCAACAAGUUGAUCAAAGCGUGCCGCAGAUCAGGCAACAACAAAGUCAAUCUGGUGGAGACACAGCUAACUUGCAUGUACAAUCACAUCAAAAACGAGCUAGAUUUCACCGGAUUUGAGCUUUACCCCCAGGAUGUAUUGUUGUAUUAUGAUUAUUCCCUCGUGCCAACGGCCAGCUGCAAGUUGUACUUUGAACAGCUAUCAGAAGCAGACUUCUUCAUCUUCUCCACGGUGCUCAGCUACAAACGCGAUGCUCUGUUUACUAAUGCCAGGAACUGUCUGAAUAUCGUCAGCACAAGCUUGACCAAGAAUGACAUAUCUGUGCUAGGAAACAUGUGCUGUAUUCUGGACAGCUCAUACAUUAACACCUCCGAUUCGUCCAUCUUGGAUAAGCUGCAGCACUGUUCAGAUCUCACGGCAGAUCAAGCUGCUGCUGUAGAAACUUUACUGCAGAGCGGGAACACGCCACUCGGCGCUACAUCGAACUGGACCAAAGCCACCUUGGAGGAGCUUGGAAAUUUACCUCUUUUUCUGACAUCUAACUUCUAUAAAAUCUUUAACAAAAAAACAAAACGGAGUUUCUUGAAGGACUUCCUGGAAGAACUUAGGAAAAAUGGUGUGGGCAGACAAAAGCUGAAGAACUUGAAGAGAGAAAUCAGAUUGUCCAAUAAAAACAAAGCAAAGCGAUCUGUCGCAAACGAGUGUAAUGUGGGAGAAAUCACACAAGUGACCAUCAGCGAUGAGGCCUUCCCGUUUGACUAUGAUGAAAUCAACCAGUUCAAUUGCUGCCUCAGUGCUGCCACUGUCAGGAACAACCUAGCCGGCAUCAUGGAGAAAGUGGACCAGGACGAGUACCUCAAGAUUAUUCUUGAAAAGCUACGAGAGGCAUACGCCAACCAUUCAGCCAUCCCAGAGAAUCAGGUCAGCCUCUUAGGCCCGGCGUCACGUCAAGCGACCAGCGCUGACAUCAACAUGUGGACCAUCACCCUGAUUGACACACUGUCUUCUCUAAUGGAUCCUUCCAAUGGGCCAUGGGACCCUAACCUAGCGAAGGAGAUCAUCUCCAAAUAUCUGGUUCAUGACGGUAACAACCUCAAUACCGCAACGCUCAAUGCCAUUGGAGGAGAAAACCUGUGUACCCUGGAUGCCAGUGUCCUCCAGAGUAUCUCACCACACAAUCUCGGAAACGCGACUAUCACUAUAUCCAACUGCACUCUGGAGAAAAAGCAAGCUCUCUUCCCCAUCGCCAGAGAAGCUUUUGGAGUAACCACCACCCGCGUCACUAUCCCCACAACUGAGUACCAGCUCAUAAAGCCUUAUCUUGGGGGAGCACCACUGAAUUACAUUCAAAGUCUAGUCAACUCUAAUGUCAACAUGGAUUUGGAAACUUUCACCUCAUUGAAUCCAUCCGCUGUCUUGGCCCUGACUGUAAAUGAGGUCCGUGGUCUUCUUGGAACCCACUUGCCAGACUUGAAAUCCUAUGAAAAUCAAGAGUUGGUGUUAGCGUGGGUUAAGAGCCAGAGGCAAUCGGAGCUUGACACACUAGGGGUGGGGCUUCAGGGAGGCAAAGAUGACCCCACAAACUCUCCCAACCCCACAGUGACCCCAUCAGGGUCCACUGUCACGUCUCCUGCAUCAUCUAGUGCCAGUGGUGGCCACCUACGAGCAGACAUCGGCGUGCUCUUCCUCAUCCUUGGUGUCCUCAUACCGUCAGUCCAUGCUGGAGUAUGAAGGAGCAACACCUCGUUGAUGCUGUUCUUUUUUAAAUUAUUAAAUCAACCAUUUUAGAGGGGACCUGUUAUGCCCAUUUUCGGCCCUUUGUAUUGAGUCGUGGACUCCUAUAGAGCAGCUACACACAAUAACCCAUAUAGAAAGCUUUCUAGGUCUUCCAGAAUCUCCACCUAUUCCAGCUGUAUUGCGUCGUAUUUCCAAAACAGUUUGUUUUAAUUUAUUCCACCCACGUCCCACCUCCAGGCAUGCCCACUGUGAUUGGUCACACUCCAAAGCCUUCCAUCCUAAUAAAUGAAUAUACCAUUUGGAGAAAAGUGGCUAGGAGCUACUGGUUGGUGACGCCUGACUUACCGUGUAUGAACUCAGAGUGGUAACGUAGGUCCAAGGGUACUAAGUGCAGACAGUCUUGGCACAACAUCGGUCGUGGAAAUAUGUUUAUUACACGAUUUUUGGGGACUACCUCUGUUGAAAAAAAACACUUUGGUAGACACAUCAAUUUUGGUGAAAAAAGGCUAUUAACUGCAGCUUGUAAUUUGCAUGCGUGCCGGUAAGACGCUCCCUGUAUGCGCACACUAUAAUGUUACACAGACAACUACUUACUUACACAAAAUAAACACAGCUAGAACACUGAUUGUUACAUUGUUACUCACAGCUUGGUUUCUGACUCCAAGUAAUGUUUUAAAGGCAUCGGCAACAGUUUGGUGGAUUGUUCAGCUACGCCAUAUCAAUGCCAUGUUUUUCUCUUCACCUGGAAUCUUCAUCUCCAACCACUUCUGGUGGUCUCUUUAGUUAAGUUAGCUGUCCUUCAAACUUGGAGCAAAUUUGUCCUGGAAGCCAUUAGCGCUAGCUCCGUGCUAACAUCCGAGCUGUGAAACAGUGGAGCUACAGCUCGUAGUUGGGAACGCCCAUAUAAGGAAGUCUGGUUCAUUGUGACAUCACAGGGAGCCAGUGUUAAAAAAAAACUCUGAAACCGAGCAUUCAGAGCUAUCCCAAAGUUCUUUCAGGGCUCACUUCCAAAUGGCAAACCUUUUUAUCUGUAACCUUGGCAUCAUUUAACAGGAGAAAACAACAUUCCAAAAACAUUUACAGGCCAGAAAAGUGGAAAAAGCGUAAUAUCUCCCCUUUAUAAGAGGUGUCGGCUAUUAGUCAUAUGAUCUAUGCUAUAUUGUACUGUACAUUUUAGAUGUCAUCAAAUGUUCUCAGAUUGACUUUAUACUUGUUCUCUGCUUAUGUGAAUAAUAAAAUAAAUCACAGCUUCCAUCGAUUGCUACUUA